GAAAACGAUUUUUGAAAAGCCCAAAUGACUGCAGGCGUCCGCCAUAAUGUUUCCUUCGAAACGAAUAAUAUAGUUCUUAUUGCUCUUGUAGCAAUUCUCUAUUCGCUAUUCAAAAUGGCGACCGUGUUGCGUUCACAGUGCGCGUUUGCGCGACUUUUUGCUGGAAAAACUGUACAAAUCCUGAACAACUCGACUGAUUUGGGUGCAAAACUUGGUCCGGGAUCACAAUCGGUACUAUCAAGGAAGUACUCAAACUACGCUCAUUCCCCAUUCGUAACCAAAAUAAAAGAACAAUAUGACUACGAAAUCGUAAAAAAGCCAGCAGAGUGGGCGUUUGUGGAGAGACUGCUUCCGUUUGAGACGAUUCCCGCAGUUUCUCCAAAAGAGAGCUACCCUUCCGGAUGGAUCCCACCAAAAGAAGAAGCUGCUAAUCUCCCUUAUUUUAUCGCAAGAACAAAAAACCAUGAAGUACCAAUUUAUUUGGAGAUAACGUACAGAGGCAUGCGUAAAAUAACAAAAAUUAGGAAGAUUGAAGGCGAUAUAUGGUUGUUGAACGAUGAAAUUAAAAGCUACUUAAAGGAAAAAAAUAACAGAUAUGUAGAAACCCGUGUUCACGAAAUCGGUAGAUUUAUAGAAACUAAGGGUGAUUACGUACAUGAUCUAAUGCAGUGGGCAUAUUCCAAAGGGUUUUAGUCAAUAUUAAUUUUUUAGUAGAAAAAUAAAUUGAUUUAGUAAA